CAGCUUGCGGCACCCGGCACCAUUCUGUUGCGGGGAACACCAACAAGUUCUCAAGCUCGCGUGUCGAUCGACAGGUUGCUAUCCCGAGGUGCAAAGUGCCAUGUGAAGCAGCGCGCGACGGACUGCAUGAUAUCCUCCAGCCGGCUCGCACCUCUCAACUGAUUUGACCUGGACCUGCCCCCUUUUCUGCCCUCCUUACGCGCGCCGACUUGUUUCAUCGUCACCACUUCCCCAACUGCCAGAUCCGGGGCAGGCAUACCGCGGGCACGUCAACUUUGUUUCAACCAUGCGUCUGUCGACAUUCCUAUUGGGAGCGUUGGCGCCCAUUGGCAGCCUCGUGGUAGCCGAUGCCGACAACGUUGCGCUACCGCCAAACUUUAAUCUAGAGGCGUACCUGGCAAAGAAUAAUCUUGCCAUUGUGCCUCGAGAUGAGCUGUCUGAGACUCUAUCCGAGAUCAAGCUCCUGAUCAAGGAGACACGGUCCGAACAGAGGAACACCUUCAAGUUGACCACCACCAACAAGAGGCAGAGCAAGCGUCACGCGUCCAAGAAGAGCUUGUUCGCGCGACAAGAUGCCAACUCGACGGUGGCUGACGACCCAGAGCUGGCAGCGUCGACAGUGGUGGUCGAAGCGCCUGCGUCCUCUGAGAACGGUGGUAAAGCAGCGACAACCUCGGUCGACGCGCCAAAGUCCACGGCAGACAACAGUGGGAGCAGCAGCAGCAGCGGCGGCUCAAGCAGCGACAGCAGCAGCAAUGACAGCCAAGAUGUGCAACAAUUGGACAUCCCCGGCCUCAGUGAUCUGGGCGAUCUUCUCGGCGUCAUCCCAGACUUGGUCGAUGAGCUGAAGAACUUUGGCGGCAUCAUCAAGGCCCUCCAGAGUCUGCUCACCGAGGAGUUCCUCGACGCAUUGCACGACGCCAUCGUCUACCUUGCCCAGACCCUCCGACCUCCGACACCCAACCAAGUCCGCACCCUGCUCGGUCGUGUUGGUCCUCUCCUCGAUCUCCUCGACAAGCUCAACCUCGAGGAUCUGGUGAAGCAGAUUGGCGAUGCCGACCUCGGUGGCUUGAUCAGUGCCGCUCUCAAGCUCCUGACCGAGGACAAUGUCGACAAGAUUGGAGGCCUGCUCACCAAUGCGGACAACCUGCUGACACCAUCCUUCGUCAACCAGACCCAGGGUCUUAUUGGCGACGUGUCGCCUCUCCUCCAGGAGCUUCGACCCCUCAUCAAGACCGUCACUGGUCUCGACUUGGAGGGCAUCAUUGGUGCCCUGGAGCCCCUUCUCACGGAGCAGGCCGUCAAGGAGAUUGUUGGCCUCGUUGGCAAUGCGGGCGACUUGCUCGCCGCGCCAUUCGUCAACCAGACCCGCUCGCUCAUCGGCGAGGUGUCGCCUCUCCUCGAGGAGCUUCGACCCCUCAUCAAGACGGUCACCGGUCUCGAUCUUGAGGGCAUCAUCCAGUCACUGGAGCCACUACUCACCAAAGAGUCCGUCAAGGAGAUUGUCGGUCUCGUCGGCAACGCGGGAGACCUGCUCACCCCUCAGUUUGUCAACCAGACCAAGUCCCUCAUCGGCGAGGUCUCUCCCAUCCUGGGCGAUCUCAAGCCUCUCCUCGAGAAGAUCACCGAUCUCGACCUUGAAGGCAUCAUCCAGUCACUGGAGCCGUUGCUCACGAAAGACUCGAUCGAAGGCAUCGUCACCCUGCUCAAGAAUGCCGAGUCCCUGCUCAGCAAGGAUACAGUGGAUCAGCUCAAGUCCAUCCUCAAGAGCGCCAAGCCGCUCAUCGACAGCCUCGGCGAUCUUGAUCUGGAAGGCUUGCUCAAGGCUCUCGAGCCGCUGCUCACCAAGGACUCGAUUGAAGGCAUCGUUACCUUGUUACAGAAUGCCGAGUCUUUGCUCACCAAGGACACUGUCGACCAACUCAAGACUAUCCUCAAGAGUGCCAAGCCCCUCCUCGACAGCCUGGGCAACCUUGAUUUGGAAGGCAUCCUCGAAGCCCUUGACCCACUUCUCACCAAGGAGUCGAUCCAAGGCAUCGUGGGUCUCCUUAGCAAUGCCGAAUCGCUACUCAACAAGGAAACCACGGGCCAGCUCAAGAAUCUUAUCAAGGGUGCCGGGCCUCUGCUCGACCUAUUGGGCGAGAUCGAUAUCAAGAGUCUUCUUGAUGCGCUCAAGCCUCUUCUCACCAAGGACUCCAUCGAAGGCAUCGUGGGUCUCCUUAGCAACGCCGAAUCGCUACUCAACAAGGAAACCACGGGCCAGCUCAAGAAUCUUAUCAAGGGUGCCGGGCCUCUGCUCGACCUAUUGGGCGAGAUCGAUAUCAAGAGUCUUCUUGAUGCGCUCAAGCCUCUCCUCACCAAAGAUUCAAUUGAGGGUAUCGUUGGCCUCCUCAGUAAUGCCGAAUCGCUCCUCGACAAGGAGACUACAGGGCAGCUCAAGAAUCUCGUCAAAGGUGCCGGCCCGCUCCUCGACCUCCUUGGUGAAAUUGAUAUCAAGGAUCUCUUGGAUGCGCUCAAGCCUAUCCUCACCAAAGAUUCGAUUGAGGGCAUUGUUGGGCUCCUCAAUAACGCAGAGUCACUCCUCAACAAGGAGACCACUGGCCAGCUCAAGAACCUUAUCAAGGGCGCUGGUCCUCUUCUCGAUCUUCUGGGUGAGAUUGAUCUCAAGGGUCUUUUGGAUGCCCUCAAGCCCCUCCUCACGGAAGACUCUAUCAAAGGAAUUGUCAACCUGCUUGGCAACGCCGAGAGUCUCCUCAGCAAGGAGUUUGUUUCCGAAGUCAAGGGCCUCAUCAAGGGUGCUGCGCCUCUCCUCGAGGGUCUUGGAGACAUUGACAUCAAGAAGCUCGUUAGCCAGAUCACACCAAUUCUGGAUGAGGUUGGUGAUCUCGACCUCAAGAGCCUGUUUGAUGCCAUCACUCCUCUCCUCACACCGGAGAGCGUGGAGGGUCUCGUCGGUCUCGUCAAGAACGCCGAGUCGCUGCUCACCAAGGACUUUGUCAACCAGACCAAGGAUCUCAUCGGCGAUGCCGGUCCCCUUCUGUCUGCCUUGGGCGAGAUUGAUCUCAAGAAGCUCAUCAAGGAAGUCAUGCCGCUUCUUGACAUGCUCAGUGAAAUCGAUCUCAAGGACCUGAUCAAGAAGGCUGGGCCCCUCCUCGACCAGGCUGGGCCUCUCCUCGAGGCUAUUGGAAAGAUUGACCUGGCCGGUCUCGUCAACAAGGUUACGCCGCUCCUCGAUUCACUCAACGACGUUGACCUCAAGAGUAUCAUUGAUGUUAUCACGCCAUACCUCACGGCCGACUACGUCAAGGGCAUCUUUGGCCUGGUGGAGAACGCUGAAGAUCUGCUGAGUGACAAGUUUGUGAACCAGACGCAGACCUUGAUCGCGGGUGCCGUGCCACUGAUCAAGACCUUGGACAAGAUCGAUCUCGAGGGUCUCUUUGACGUCGUUGAGCCCUUGCUUAAGGAGCUCGACGGCAUCGAUCUCAGCGGUCUUGUUGAUGCUGUCAAGCCCAUCUUGGCGGCCGUCAAGAAGAUUGACAUUGAGGGCAUCGUGGACGAGGUCACGCCUCUCAUCACACCUACGAGCGUCAAGGGCAUUCUCGGUCUUUUGAAUAACGCUCGCACACUGUUGUCGGACGCCUUCGUCGACCAGACUUCAGAGCUCAUUGGCGAUGCAACACCGCUUGUGGCCACUGUAGCAGAUCUUGUUCAUGCGGUACUGAAGGAGCUUAUGGGUUAAUAUGAUUAUAAUGAAAGGACACGAGAUAUGAAGGCAGGUGCAUGCAGUUGCGAUUUAAUUCAAAUACCCCUUGAACAUGAA